UCUCUGAGCUCUUCCAGGGCUCUUGGGGUUGCAAGAAAGCACUUCCAGGAGCGGCAAAGUGAAAGCAAGUCCUUCCAUCCCAAGAGACAGAUCACCACCCCACAAAUGGAUUUCAUCUGACUGAGUAGCCCCGAUUGCUGCUAUUCAUCAUGGACAUUGUGGUCAGAGUACAGAAAAUGUUAAUAUUUUCACCAUCUCCGCAUCUAAUCAAGACAAAUGCAGAGUCACCGUAUCUGCACAUAGCCAAGACUAAUGCAGAAAGAUAAGAUAAGUUUUCACAUUUCAACAAAACUGGCGUUGGCAUCUCAAACAAGAAAGAAUCAUGAUGCUCUUUUAAAGCCCUUGACUAAUAUGCUUUGGUAAAGGUAUGAACAAGAAGGUCUUUUAUGGGAUUGAGAAACUAAACGCCGAUAAGAAUGCCCAGAAGAGGUUUAAUGCUUCAAGCCAGAACCCGAUGGCUGUUGGUGGGCCUUGCUGUACUCUUCAGCUUGCUGCUAUUUAUGUACCUUCUUGAAUGUGCUCCACAGACAGACGGAAACUCAUCUCUCCCCGGUAUUGGGGAGAAUUAUGGGAAAGAGUAUUAUCAAGCGCUCCUUCAGGAGCAGGAAGAACAAUAUCAAACUCGGGCUACCAGCCUGAAGCGCCAGAUUGCCCAGUUAAAGCAAGAGCUGCAAGAGAUGAGUGAAAAAAUGAGAUUAUUACAAGAAAAAAAGAGUCCAAGAACCAAUGGCAUGGGCUACCAAGGCACCAAAGACCAAGUACCCAGUGAUCUCCUAGAAUUUCUUCACUCCCAAAUUGACAAAGCUGAGGUAGGCACAGGAGCCAAGCUCCCCAGCGAAUAUGGCGUCAUCCCCUUUGAAAGUUUUACAUUAAUGAAAGUGUUCCAGCUGGAGAUGGGCCUCACGCGUCACCCAGAGGAAAAACCUGUCCGGAAAGACAAAAGAGACGAGUUGGUGGAAGUUAUUGAGGCUGGCUUAGAAGUUCUCAAUAAUCCUGAUGAAGAAGAUGAACAGGAGGACGAUGAUGGCCCAAAUGGGGAGAAACACAUAUUCAGUGAAAAUGAUUUCGUGGAAGGAUACUACCGCACUGAGAGAGAUAAAGGUACACAGUAUGAGCUAUUUUUCAAGAAGACAGACCUUAUGGAAUACAGACACGUCACGUUAUUCCGACCCUUCGGACCUCUCAUGAAAGUGAGGAGUGAAACUAUUGACAUUACCAAAUCAGUGAUUAAUAUCAUCGUCCCCCUUGCGGGCAGAACUGAGGCAUUUGCACAAUUUAUGCAAAAUUUCAGGGAUAUAUGUAUUCACCAGGACAAAAGGAUUCACCUCACAGUGGUAUAUUUUGGUGAAGAAGGACUUUCUGAUGUCAAGAACAUUCUAGAGUCUGUUGUUAGUGAAACAAACUUUCACAAUUACACACUGGUUUCACUGAACGAAGAAUUCAAUCGUGGACGCGGCCUAGAUGUCGGUGCCAGAGCCUGGGAGAAGGGCGAGGUCUUAAUGUUCUUCUGUGAUGUUGACAUAUAUUUCUCCAAAGAGUUCCUAAACAGCUGCCGUUUAAAUGCUGAACCAGGCAAAAAAGUGUUUUAUCCUGUGGUGUUUAGCCUUUACAAUCCUGCUAUUGUUUAUGCCAGUCAAGAUGCGCCACCACCAGUGGAUCAGCAAUUGGUCCACAAGAAGGAUUCUGGCUUCUGGCGAGAUUUUGGCUUUGGAAUGACUUGUCAAUAUAGGACAGAUUUCCUGACUAUUGGGGGAUUUGACUUGGAAGUGAAAGGCUGGGGAGGAGAAGAUGUCCACCUUUAUAGGAAAUACUUGCAUAGCGACCUCAUUGCCGUUCGGACCCCAGUUCCCGGCCUUUUCCACCUUUGGCACGAGAAGCACUGUGCCGAUGAACUGACUCCCGAGCAGUACCGUAUGUGCAUCCAGUCCAAAGCCAUGAACGAGGCUUCUCACUCUCAUCUUGGAAUGCUCGUCUUCAGGGAGGAGAUAGAGACUCAUCUCCGUAAACAGGCAUUUCGGUCGAACAGCGAAGCAGUGGGUUGAAGGAGAACGAUCCUACCGAAUGAUAGUAAACCUGAACUUGGAACCAGCACUACUCAACAGCCUUAACGUUCAAACUGCAGUGCCUCUUUGAAGAAGUAUUUUCAAGUUGUUCUUUGCACAGUAUCUUUGUUGGACACAUCUCUCCCUUAAUAGUUUUGUCACUUGAUAUAAGAGGAAAAGUGUUUAGGUCUUUGGUGAGUUUUAAGAGAAUUCAGCAGGGAACCCAGCAGGAGUCUCAUGUUGCUUCACUUGCAGAAAGUCCCUCAGACUUACAUUCAUGUCAAAAUAAGUAUUGCACUAAGUGAAUCUGAUUUGAUUCUGCUCUCUAGUUGAUAACGGCAAUAAAUAGAUUAUUUCUAUUUAACAGCAAAGCAAUUAAACAGUGAUGGAGGAACCCAGUUACUUUAAGGUUAGCCUUGUAUUUGUCACCGGUUUUUCACAAGUCCUUCUUGGAAUGCUGCUCUUUUGGAGAAUAAGAACCUGAAGGAAUUGGCAAAUGAAAUCGUCUACUUAAACUCUCCUUGCAAGGCAAGGGAAAAGCAGAGAUUAAAACUCACCACUGCAAGUUUUCUGAUCUCUGUUUGACUGAGUCUCUAAAAUAGCUUUUAGCUGUCAGUGUUCAAUUCACUGAAGUACUUUUUGCUUUAAACUUGAAUCACAGGCUGUUUAGCGAUGUGAAUUGUCAUUACAUUGUCAUCGUUACAUCGCUAGCCGUCAAGAGAAGUUGAACUCGGACUGAGUCGCAUCCAAGGGCAAAUAAAGUGUGCAAAAAAAAAAAAGGAGAAUGAAACAAGGACAGGUUUGAAGUGAAACUAAAUUGAAACAUAUCAAAGUACCAUUAUGAACCCAAAUGGCAUUUAUAUAGGAUGGGCCCAAAUAAUCAGUUUUGCAUGUUUCGGAAUAUAUAAGGACAAGCAUUUUAGAGCCGGGUUUCCUUGCCUCACAUCGUGGAAUGCAUUUUUUUAAAUAUCUUUGAAGUUCAGAAUAGUAAAAUGCAUCGAUCGAAAGAGGAAACUUACUCCAUCCCCUCCUAAUUUAGAGAUUAGGAUCCUAAAAUGUAAUGCGACCUUUUAAUGUAACUCAUUCUAAUCCAGUGGCUAGGUUAAAAUUUAAUCAACCGAAGUUGGUUUUAGUCAUCUCUUAAAGUGUGGAAAGUGCAUUGUGCAAAAUAUUUCUCGACAUUGAUUGUUAAUGUACAUAAAUUGCCUUUUGUGUAAUGUAUUGUGAGGACUCUGUGUGUGUGUGUGGGGGUGUGUGUGUGCGCACUUGUGAUGCUUGAGAUGAGAGAAUGUGAUCAAGUGCAAAGUAGCCUGAAGCUGGUUCUAUGUCAGAAUCAAGUACUCCUCUGCAUUUUAAACAGCUUUUUAUUUAAGUACUGAAGUGGAAACAUUACUGUUUUGAUAUUGUACGGUACCAAUAAAAGUAUUUUUAUUACCUGCA